UCAAACAGGCAGGGGCAGCCAGCCAGCCGCAGUCAUCCUCAUCAACCGCACGCCGAUCUGCGGAUCACAUCGUCCACGGGAUGGAUAACGACAUGGCCGAAACGGACCCAUCCCGUCAGCGCAAUGGUGUCGUGGAAGGGCUUUAUGGAGAAUUCACGGACUCGCUCAAUUCAAAGGUCAGAUAUUCUGUGAGCUUGACUGAGAGUGCUCUCACUAUACAAAAUAUAUCAUCGUCACUUGAACAGGAUGAGGUGGUUUUCCAUUUAGCUGACUGUCUUGGCUGCCGGGCUUAUAAAGUGGAGGACGAAGCGGACGUUGGGGCGUUCUUUACAGCCUAUUUCUACCCGUUCAAGAGGCGAUGGAUAAGCACAGGCAUGGCCCGGCAGAAAGUAGAGCAGUGCUUUCGGGUCGCACUGGUCCAGGACCCUCUCACUAAUCUUCAAGAGGCAGAGAGAUGGGCGCGUGCCAUCAGAGAGGCUUCUAUCCGCCAGAUACCCCGACGACAUGAUGUGAAGUACUAUGAGGUACGGCGGCCCUGCAGGGUCAUGGUUCUGGUGAACCCCCAGAGUGGGCGGGGCCAGGCUCUCCAGCUUUUCUCCGGGCAAAUCGAGCCCAUGCUCACCGAGGCUUCAGUCCCUUACACAUUGGUCAUCACUGAGCACCAGAACCAUGCGAGGGACCUGGUGAGAGAGACUGAUCUGUCACAGUGGGACGCUCUGGUCAUCCUGUCAGGGGACGGGCUGCUGUUCGAGGUGUUGAAUGGUCUUCUGGAGAGAGAGGACUGGGAGGAGGCCAUCCAGACCCCACUGGGCAUCUUACCAGGGGGCUCGGGCAAUGCCCUGGCAGCCUCUGUCCACCACUACACUAAGUCUCCCCCAGCCUGGGGUAAGGAGCUGCUGCUGAGCUGUGGCUUCCUGCUGUGUAAAGGCCUGGUGACUCGGCUCGACCUGGUCUCUGUCCACCUGGCCUCCAGCCAGCGCAUCUUCUCCUUCCUCUCCCUGGCCUGGGGCUUCGUGGCCGACGUCGACAUCGAGAGCGAGAAGUACCGCCUCGUUGGCCCCAUGCGAUUCCUGGUUGGUACGCUGAUGCGCCUGGCCUCCCUCAAGGUAUAUCAGGGUAGGCUGGCAUACCUGCCUGCUCCUCUCUUCACACCCCAGAACUCCUCCCUCUGCUCCUCUCUACCCUGUGGGCCCAACAGCUCCCCCAAUCAGAACUCUUGCCACAACCACAUCACAAACUCCAACCACAGCAUAAACUCCAACCACAACACCGCCCACAACUCCUCCAACAUUGCCAUCACAACCAUGGGGACCGAGCCCCAACCAGUCAACCAGAAGGGGCCUCCUGACUCGCUCCUAGCAGACCUGGAGCAGCCGGUGCCUGAUCAUUGGACAGUAGUGAAUGAGGAAGACUUUGUACUGGUAUUGGCCAUGUUCCAGUCCCACUUGGCUGAGGACCUGUUUGCCGCCCCUGGGGCCGCAGCAGACGACGGCUUCAUCCACCUGUUGUAUGUGCGUGCAGGCAUCUCCAGGCUAGCUCUGCUCACACUCUUCAUGACCAUGGAGAAGGGAGGGCACCUGGCUAUUGGCUGCCCACACCUUGUGUAUGAGAGGGUGAAGGCCUUUCGCCUGGAGCCUCUGUCCCCCGAGGGAGCGAUCACUGUGGACGGGGAGAUGGUGGAGUACGGGCCAGUACAGGCCCAGGUUCAUGAAGGAAUCGCCAGGCUCAUCUCAGGCUGAGAAUCUACUCUGAGAGUUUGUCCUCCCCACAGCUCUGACUUCUCGCUCCCUUUCUUACUCUGUCUACUGUAUAUACAAAGUGCCAAAGACAUUAUAUCAGCCUUUGGAAAAUCCCCCCUCUUUUUUUCUACAGAUACAUUCAGUAUCUAUCUCUGUGUCCUGUUGUUUAGAGAUCCCUCCCUUUCCUCUCCAUGCUUCAUUCAGGGUCAAAGCCAUGGAUGUUCUUGCAGCUGGCUGGUCUCAGCUAAGAGUGUGUGUGUAUGACAGUGUGUGUAUGAUAGUGUGUUUUGAGCGGUGUGUUUAGUAGGGAGGGGCCCACUGCUGAGGAGUACCUUGUGUGCUCCGCUGUCUGACUUAAUGAGUGUGACACACGUGAAGAGAAGCACAUUCUUCUGUCCCGUGAGGAAGUGGCAGGCAACCAGCUCUACGUCCGCUAUCUAGCCCCGGGGUAAUCAUUCUGUGGAGGAUGAGACACAGGUCUGACAUGUAGGCCUUCCCCCCUCAGGAUAUACUGUUCGAGUCAUGGGUGUAGGUUCUCUAUGGAGAAGCACAACGUUGGAAAAUGCAGCAUUGUAAGACCUCCACCAAUGAUAUUAGGUUACUCUUCUCCCUCUCACCAGUGAAAACCUCCCCUUUACCUCUGUGUUUAAUGGAUGGGGUGGAAGGGGUUAGGUGCUAGUGAGGUUGUGUUAAAGCAGCAUGGAGGUUCAGGAACCUGGCCAGCUGAGGUUACCUUCUUAUAUAUCUCGCCUGUCUCCUACCCUGCUGCUGCUGCAGCUCCAACCAACAUGCUUCUUGGACCACCUUCUUCCUGACACAAACACACCGGCUUGACACUCCCUUUCAGAUCUGGAGCACGCUGCAAGGAGGGGGAUGGUCUCGUCUGCUACAUAUCAAAUCAAAUCAAAUCAAAUUGUAUUUAUAUAGCCCUUCGUACAUCAGCUGAUAUCUCAAAGUGCUGUACAGAAACCCAGCCUAAAACCCCAAACAGCAAGCAAUGCAGGUGUAG